GGUGCUGUGCUGUGGGGAAGGGAGACGGAUUUGUAAACCUCGGAGCGAGGUUCUGCAUACCCGAGGCCGCUGCUGUGCGGAGACCCCAGGGGAAACCACCGUCACCAUGUCUGACCAGGAGGCAAAACCUUCAACUGAGGACUUGGGGGAUAAGAAGGAAGGAGACUAUGUUAAACUCAAAGUCAUCGGACAGGAUAGCAGUGAGAUUCACUUCAAAGUGAAAAUGACAACACAUCUCAAGAAACUCAAAGAAUCAUACUGUCAAAGACAGGGAGUUCCCAUGAAUUCACUCAGGUUUCUCUUUGAAGGUCAGAGAAUUGCUGAUAAUCACACUCCAAAAGAAUUGGGAAUGGAGGAAGAAGAUGUGAUUGAAGUUUAUCAGGAACAAACAGGGGGUCGUUCAACAACUCAGAUAUUUUUAUUUUUUUUCUUUUCCCUUAAUCCUUUUUUAUUUUUUAAAAUAGUUCUUUUGUAAUGUGGUGUUCAAAACAGAAUUGAAAACUGGCAUCCCAUCUCUUUAGAACAUCUGGUAAUUUGAAUUCUAGUGCUCAUUUUUCAUUAUUGUUUGUUUUCAUUGUGCUGAUUUUUGGUGAUCAAACCUCAGCCCCAUUCAUAUCACCCUCUCCUUUUUAAAAAUUACGUGUGUGCACAGAAAGCCCGCCUUUUCCAGGACUGUGCAUUUAUAGGCUUGUGAUAAAUAAGAUUGACUAAUGUGAGUGUUCAUAAUGACUUUCCAAUUGGCCCUGAAGUUCUAGCAUGUGAUCGCUUCACUCCUGGACUGUGACUUUCAGUGGGAGAUGGAAGUGUUUCAGAGAACUGAACUGUGGAAAAAUGACCUUUCCUUAACUUGAAGCUACUUUUAGAAUCUGAGCGUCUGGACCAAAAGAAGAGGAAUAUCAGGUUGGAGCCAAGGUGACAGAGGUGGUGAAAAUAAUGACUAACUCCAAAGAUGGCUUCACUGAAGAGAAAGCAUUUUAAGAUGAAACAAAAAUCUUGUCAGAAGAUCUCAGAAAAGUUCUAAUUUUCAUUAGCAGUUAAAGUUAUUCAUGCAGAGGUGUAUACAGCAGAACGCUGCUCUUUUUGACAUUAUUUGUACUUUUUGGCCUGGGAUAUGGGUUUUAAAUGGACAUUGUCUGUACCAGCUUCAUUAAAAUAAACAAAAUAUUUG